UUGAAACUGUCCGGGGGAGUGUCAUUGGCUAGAAGCACUUUCUUCCUGUUUCACUUCAACGAACGUGGGAGUUAUUCCUUGUAAUUUUGUGAAUGUCGGAGAACAUUAGCUCCACAAAAGUCAUCCAACAGCUAGCGAGCUUCUUCUAGCACGCGCUUACGACCCUGGGCUUCGUGUCGAGUAUAUCCUUCAUGUCGGACUCAUUAAAGGAAAAAGCUUCUACCCGUUCGUGGUGGGGAGCCCAUCUAAGAGUCGUCGUGUUUCCAGGUGUGGAGCAUGUGGGCGUCCUGCUGUAACUGGUUAUGUUUGGACACUGCCACGGUGGAGGGGAGCAACAGCCGCACGCGUCACCAGGCCUAUACUAACUCAGGCUACAGCAACUACCCGUCGCCCCCAAUCCCGGACCACACGUGCAAAGCCUGCGGAAGCCACUUCGUCACCCUAGCCAGAAAGCAUGUCUGCAUGGACUGCAAGAAGAACUACUGCGGCAGGUGUUCGGCCCAGCUUGAGUCCCGUCCACGCCUUUGCCACACCUGCCAGCGGUUCCACGGCACACUCUUCGAUCGCACCGAGCUGAUGAAGCUCAAGGUGAAGGACCUGCGCGAUUACCUCCACCGGCACGAGGUCUCAACGCAGAUGUGCCGUGAGAAAGAGGAACUGGUGGAGCUGGUCCUGGGACAGCAGACGCAGUCACCCUCUGGCCCAAUCGUAAACCCUCUGACCCAAACCGCCACCCAGCAUGAGACAACUCCUCCUCCAGCCCCCCCCACCACCACCACACCCUCUACACACCCUGACUCCACAUCCACCUCCACAGACCAUGUCCCUUCACAGCCGCCACCCACUCAGGAGGACAGUCAGACCCUGUCUGUGUUGGUGCCCUCGGGUCUUGAGGAGCCACUGGACACUGAGGGAGACACUGAGUUGCAGGAGCUGCAGUCCUCAGACACAAAGGAGGUGCUGGUGCCAGGCCGCAGGGCGUCGCUGUCCGACCUGGCCAUGGCAGAGGACAUCGAGGCCCUCAGUGUCCGGCAGCUCAAAGAGAUCCUGGCCCGUAACUUUGUCAACUACAAGGGCUGCUGCGAAAAGUGGGAGCUAAUGGAGAGGGUCACCCGCCUCUACCACGACCAGAAGGACCUCCAGAAUCAUCUGGUUUCAAGUACAAAAGACGGCACAGACCCCAGCGGUACCCCUGGCCAGGAGGAAAACCUGUGUAAGAUCUGCAUGGACUCUCCCAUUGACUGUGUCCUGCUGGAGUGUGGCCACAUGGUCACCUGCACCAAGUGUGGCAAGCGGAUGAACGAGUGCCCCGUCUGCAGGCAGUAUGUGGUGCGGGCCGUUCACGUCUUUCGAUCCUGAGACCCAAGCCUUGGGAAUUCCCCCACCUCCUGUAAAUAAACAAGGGGCUAGCUACUUGUGGCCUUACAACCCAUAGACUAGACGAGGGGUAUUAAACUCUUACCCUACGGGGUCCGGAGCCAGCUGGUUUUCUGUUCUACCUGAUACUUAAUUGCACCUACCUGGUGUCCAAGGUCUAAAUCAGUCUGAGAUUUAGAGGGGAACAAUAAAAAAAAAGCAGUGGAACUGGCUUUGAGAUCCAGAGUUGAGUUUAAGGGGACUCGACUAAUCACCUCUCCCUCCAGAUCUCCACUGCUCUGAUGGUCCUUGAGACCCUGAGUACUGGUUCCUCCUGCUGGAGGGACGAACAGGUGAGGUGAACCUCAUUAUCCCUUUGAUAAACCACACAAACCCAAUGACUGGACAUGGGCACUUCCUACUUUUAUUGACCGGACUCCUAUAGCUCAUAUCUCCAAGCUGAUAAGGAUAUGUCUUAUUAUUAGAAUAAGAGAGUGCCUGUAUUAAACAGGCAAUACCAUAUUUAUUUUUUCAUUUGGAGACCUGCAUAUAAACACAAUUUCAAAGAUUUUGCUGAGUUACAGUUCAUAAAGAAAUUGGUCAACUGAAAUAAAUUCAUUGGGCCCUAAACUAUAGAUUUCAAAUUACUGGAAAGGGGCGCAGCCAUGGGUUGUCCCCAGCACAAGGUGCACCUGUGUAUUGAUCAUGCUGUAUAAUCAGCUUCUUGAUGUGCCACACCUGUCAGGUGGAUGGAUUAGCUUGAAAAAGGCAAAAAUGCUCACCAUCAGGGAUGUAAACAAAUGUAUGCACAAAAUGAGAACAUUUCUGGGAUCUUUUAAUCAGCUCAUGAAACAUGGGACCAACACGAAACAUGUUGCGCUUAUAUUUUUGUUCAGUGUAUAUAUAAGCCCCAAGUGCUCUUAAUAAUGGAUUGGAUUGAUGUAACUGUUAGAGUUGAACCCCAGUAAAAGGGAAAGCAUUUACAUUAGUGGUUGAGCUGAGAACACAUCCAUAGGAUUUCCCUAUGUGUCUUGUCGUUACUCUGCGCUUAGCAAAGCAGAAACCCCCUGUGGUGGUAUAGUGUAAAAGCCAUGGGAAAACACGUGUAGAAUGGCGCUGGCUGACUCACAUUCUCUCAGCUUGCCGCUUGUGACUGGGGCAUCCAUCUCAAAAGUGUGUUGCUGUGUGCCAGAAAUUAAACGCAUGCUUGUUUCGUAACCCAUAGACCCGGCAUACAUUGUUUAUCAAUGAAGCAAAGCCGGCAGAUGUUCACUCAAUCCCUCUGCUGUGGAAUCAGGUGGACAUGCCGUUUUAGUGCUUACGUUUUAGCCUGGUCCCAGAUCUGUUUGUGCUGUAUAGCCAACUCCUAUGGCUAUUGUCACGUCAAAACCGAGAGUUCCCUGAGGGAGAGGCCCUUUUUCCACUGCAAACGGCACUAUCUGCCGUACUUUGUAGAAAGGACACCAUGGGCGCCGUACACCAACACACCACAAGGAGAGAUGACCGCGAAGGUGACGAGGAACAGAGAGGUCCUGACCAGCGCAACAAACCACAAAGGCAGAACUACUACCAGAGGCUUCCGACCAAGGGUUUUGCAUGACAUCGACCAUAGGAUAUGGCUAUACAGCACAAACCGAUCUGGGGACCAGGCUACCUACAUGCUGACAGUGGGAAAGAAUAUGUGGAUCAGUGGUCCUUCACUAUUCCAACUAUAUACAAGUGCUUUAUCCUUCCAAUACUCAACUGUUCAUUGUAUUGUAUCUUUCAGCAUCAACAUUGACCAAAGGCCCUUACACUUGCUAUUGUAUUUGGAUUUUUUUAAAUAAACCAAAAUAAACCAUGUCAGAAUAGCCUGGUGUAUAGCUAGAUCUAGUCGUGCAUAAGCAUAUAAUUCACUAGUUGUGCAUUAUAUGCGUUGUCAUGACACGCAUACAUAAAAGAGGAGUUGUCGAAAGCACAAGCAGAUCUUUGGCAUUGCCCAAGAUGAAAGUUAAAACUCUUAAAGACAUCUCAUCCGUUUGGCUAGCCAAGUACCUUAACUCCACAAUGAGACUAGCGUUUUAUAAAUGAACCUCCGACUCUUUCGAGUCGCUAUGAGGUCGAUUGUUUUUAAAAUCAUUAAACCCUUACCGUGUACCUAUGUUUGUCCUCUGUUGCAUGCCUUUCAUUGUUUGCCGAAUACUUUUUAAUAAAACCAAAUACAACUGACUGUUUCCUUUUUGAGAUUCGAUUGGCACAUGCGGCAUCACGCUGAGUUGCCAUCUUAGAGCAACAGCCAUGUGGAAACAGUCGGUGGUUGUAUUUGAUUAACGUUUUAUAAAAAAAAUGUGGGAUUUACACAAAGGCAUGUAACAACAGACAAACAGGUACAUGGUAAGGGUUAAAUAAUUUUAAAAAUGUAAGUAUCGACUGCAUAGUAGGAGGUUCAUUUAAACGAGUCUGCGCUCAACUGGAUGAAAUCAUUGUGGAGUUGAGGAACUUGGCAACCGUUUGGCAUGAGUCUAAAGGCUCAACAAUGGUGAAAGUAUCUUGAACAAUCCAUUGUCCAUUAUCAGCUAUAGGUAUUAUAAGUCUCCGAUUAAUGACAGGUAGUUGAGUGUUUUUGCAUACUCCAGUGCUAGACCUCCAGUCCCUCCCAUCCCGGCUGAACAUAAUGAAAGAUUGUUUGACUCUUAAUAAGUGGCCUUCAAAAACCAGCACCUUUACUCGUGACAGUGAGCACACAAAUAAUGCAGCGUUGUGAAAUCGUGUGCUUGCUCGGUUAGAUGGAAAAUGUGUAUUGUCAAGAUGAUAGAGCUGUGUACAUUGCACUAAGCUACAUUAAAGAAAUGUAGCUUGGUAUUGAAUAAGUAAGGAGUCUGGAAUUGAGAUGGCUCCCAUGUGUCCCAAAUUGCACCCUAUCCCCCAUAUAGUGCACUAUAUAGGGUAUAGGGUGCCAUUUGGGACAGCUGCAUUGUAUGAUGAAAGGAAGUGUACUUGACCUAUUCUUCUUUCUGAUAAAUGAGGCGUUUUGAUAUAUAUUUACUUGACCAUUGUUAGAUUUUUAGGUUGCGAUUAGAUUUCUAGCGACUGCGAAAUAAAGAAUUUAGAAAUACCAUUGAAAUUAUGGCCCUUGAAUUUACCAAUGUUGCUGUUGUCUUUAUUUUCCACCAGAUCUCUUAACAGCAUUUCUAGCCAAACAGUCUAUUUUCUUAACUGCUUUGAUACAUUUCUGAAAGACUCUAAGUAUAAAAACUACCUAAUACUUUUGUGUGCCUUUUUCUGACAUUUUUUCUGAUUAAAAACAUUUCCACAUUGUCUU